GUCUGCGUGAAGCUGGCAUGGCCUCCUGUUCCCCUGCAUCUGUUCCCCAUUAGCAGAGCCGAGAGUAUAAAGCCGGGAGCUGACAGUGGCUGGGAACAGUCUUCGUCUUGUCUGGAUCAUGGGGUUUACUAUCUGGCUGUGCGUGCUCUGCCUGCAGGCGAGCCUGCUGUCAUACGCCCUCGACUGCUCAGGAGUGACACAGGGAGAGCUGUGUGUCAGUGGACAGACCGCAGACGCACAGUAUGGCGAUCAGCAGCAGCAGAGGGCAUUACCCUUCAGCGAAGGACUGGUUAUGUUCAGACGUAAGCGACAGCUAGAGCGCAGAGGUCCCACCCACCUGAGUCACUCCAUCCUGCCCGGGGCCGUCUCUGUCAAAGGCUUCCCUAACACUCUCUUCCAGGCUGACAGGUCCAGGCGGCACUUGGUCCAAGUUAAAAAUCCAAAAAAGCGUACAUCCCGUGUGGGCUCUUUCUCGCUCCUAAAUCAUGACAAGAAAUCCAACCCCCUACAGGUGACCAGAGCAAGGCGACAGGUCGUGCUUGAGCCUCCCAAGAAGGGGAAGUCAGGUCGUUCUGGAGCUUUUUCUGUCCUCGGUGAUCCACCAAAUGAAGAGAAGACCGCCAGAGCCAAAAGAAGCAUAUAGAAGAAGAUGUGCUGGACAAUAAGAAGCUCCUUCUAUAUUUUAUCAAACAACAUGUAAACAAACUGAACAUUUGUGUGGAAAUCUGGCAUUUGGAAUAACAGAUUUGAUGUUUAUUUUUGACGCGUGUGUCCAACAUUACUGUUUUAUUUACGUGUAAGCGAGCUUACAUCUACAUUUAUCAGCCAGUCUGUACUUCCAUGUUUUUUUUACAUGCUACUUUUAAGUUUCUAAUAUAUUCCCGCAUGUUGUCACAAAAGGUCCAAUAUCAGUCUGGUAUUGUGCUGUAACCUAUUUAAUCACAGAUUCAUUCUGAAGAUCAGAUGUAUAUUUUUGCAGAAAUAGUCCUCGUGUUGUGUCAGAUUUCAAAACGUUAUGUGGAGACGAGACAUAUGGUGUAAAAGUCUUUGAACAUUAUGCACUUUAUGCUCCUCUGGGGCCUUCUCUACAAAACAGGAUAAUUGUUUUUUACACUCUGAGCUUCAUUGAGGUAUUAAAUUGAAUAACAGUU